AUGUUCCAGAAGCUCAGCAUUUCCUCUCUGAGCAGCUCCGCCGCUCUCUCCGGCGCGGCUCUCCCCGCCGCCUCCGCUAGGGUUUCGUUCGCUCCCACCACCCGCAGCGCGCCGCUGACCAUCGAGGCUGCGCACAAGAAGGGGUCCGGUAGCACGAAGAACGGCCGCGACUCCAAGGCUAAGCGGCUAGGCGUCAAGGUGUACGGCGAUCAGCCGGCCAAGGCAGGGAGCAUUAUCGUUCGUCAACGUGGCACAACGUUCCACGCGGGCUCCAACGUCGGCGUGGGCAAGGACUACACUCUGUACUCGCUAGUGGACGGCCUCGUGAAGUUCGAGCUGUAUGGCCCCGACAAGAGGAAGAAGGUGAGUGUGUACCCGGCGACAGAGGAGAAGCAGGAGAACCCCGACUCGCGGAAGGUGAGGAAUCGGGAGAAGUUCCGGCAGCAGAGGGAGAAGAGGCGGGCGCGCCUGGCGGCAGCAGAGGAGGCGUUUAUGUUUGCUGCCGGCUCACCGCUCAUCUCUAUUGCGUCUGCUGCUCCUGAGGCGGCUGUGGAUGGCGACAGUGUUGCGCGCAAGGUGGAGCUGAAGACGCGGAGGGACACUGCGGACCCGUCGGCGCUGCAGAAAUGCGCCGAUUUUGUGACGGCGUACAUGAUGGGUUUCAGCCUCACCCACUCCUCUCUGCCUCCCCGUCCCUCUCCGUCCCUCCCCGCGCGCAAGGUGGAGCUGAAGACGCGGAGGGAUACGGCGGACCCCUCGGCGCUGCAGAAAUGCGCCGAUUUUGUGACGGCGUACAUGAUGGGUUUCAGCCUCACAGACGCCAUCGCCAUGCUGCGAAUCGAUGACCUCUAUAUCGAGUCGUUCGAGAUCAAGGAUGUGAAAACGCUCAGAGGGGAGCACUUAUCUCGAGCCAUCGGACGGCUGUCAGGUAAAAACGGCAAGACCAAAUUCACGAUUGAGAAUGCCACACGGACACGUAUCGUGAUUGCUGAUUCCAAGAUCCAUGUGCUUGGGGCAUAUGCAAACAUCCGCGUGGCGCGAGACGCGCUCUGCUCGCUCAUUCUUGGGUCGCCAGCUGGCAAGGUGUACUCAAAGCUGAGAACAGUCGCGGCGAGGCUGUCGGAGAGAUGA